AUGCGUCGAAUCACAGCACGGAGCAUGUGGAGUAACGGAGCACACGUCUUCGUGGGCCGAGUAGACAAGCGGUACCGGCUCCAAUUUUGCUCCGUCCAUUAUAACGUGCCUGGAAAGUCAGCUCCAAGAACUGACACCAUCCUUCCGGGUGAAUCACCCUCCCUCCAGAAGAUUCCAGAAUACGCUACUCCACUCCUUCAACCUCUGCUACUACAGUUCUCCCAUUUCUACCCAGCCUAUGAGAAAUUGCUCGAGUUGCUAUGCAUGCACUUGCUGCCGAAAUUACACGAAGACGGACAUAGUAUCGAUAUAGGACUGUCAGAGCGUAUGGACGUCCUAGACCAACAGAGCACCAAACAUCUCCCAGAGACAGCAGACUACCACGCGCUCUUGUCGAUAUCCAGCUUCGCCAAAGUUGGCUGCCCAGACGUCAUCUAUGCGCAAGGCUCACAAGAAAACGUCGAAGAUUUCGUUGCCAACGUCAAACCUAUGCAGUGGCUGCCCCUGAAAGUGCGAUCCGUAGAACCCACGGAUCUGGCCAUCGAUUUCGAGAAGGUCGGAGAAGUCGUGGAAGGAAUGAGACGAUGCGGGAGAGACAAAUAUAUCACGGAGACGGGUAUUGGAAACUCGGUUUUGCAAUGA